CCAAAUCAAAUGGAACAAACAAGUUCUCUCCCAAUCUAAUCUCCAACUGUGACCAGGUCACCUCUGAUACAUACUUAAUUAGUAACAACAAACCCAACACAGUACAACAUUAAUCAACCUCAUUUCAGUCCUCAAUCUCAAAAACUCAAACACACUCCUAGAUUCAUUUGUUUUCAUCUCACAAACAUCAAACACAUGUACAUGUUUCUCAACCAUGAAACCACUUCUCCUCAUUCUCUUCCUCUCCCUCUCCACCACCAUUACAACCCAAUCUCCCUCUCUCCCUCUCCCACCAACCCCAUCUCCCACAUCCUCACCACCCUCAACACCUUCAACCCCAUCAAAAUCCACUCUUGAUCCAAAACAAAUCACAGCCCUACAAUCCCUCAACAUCCCAACCUCAAAAGACCCAUGUUCCCAACCCUCCUUCCACAAUGCAACCCUCUGCGACUCCUCAAAACCCUUCCGCCACCUCAUCUCCCUAACCCUCUCCAACUGCUCCUCCUACGUCUCCCUCUCUUUCACCGCCCUCAAAUCUCUCUCCACCCUCACCUCACUCAACCUCAUCAACUGCCCCAUCUCACCUAUCCACUUCCCUCCCCAACUCAUCUCAUCUCUCACAACCUUCACCUGCAUCAACAGCCUCCGCAGAGUCUCCGGCGUCUGGCUCUCUCAGCUUCAGAAUCUCACCGAUCUCACCGUCUCAAAUGUCCAAGUCAAAGCUUCUGGCCCUUACGUCUUACUCGGCCACAUGAACUACCUCAAAACCUUAACUGUUUCUCAUGCUAACCUCACUGGUUUCUUACCUGGUCACAUUCAUUCCAAUCUCACCCAUGUUGAUUUUUCAGGUAAUCAGCUUAAAGGAAACAUACCCAUUUCAAUCACCAUGCUUGAUAGUCUUCAAAGUUUGAAUCUUUCUUCAAACAAACUUGCCGGUGAAAUACCCUCUUCCAUUGGUGACUUGAUUUCUCUCAAAAACCUCUCUUUAGCUUCAAAUUCAUUUUCUGGGUCCAUCCCAGAUUCAAUCUCUGCUAUCCCUGGCUUACUUCAUUUGGAUCUGAGUUCAAAUCAACUCAACGGGUCAAUCCCAAAGUUCAUAUCUGAAAUGAAGAGUAUAAAAUACUUGAAUCUAGCUAACAAUAACCUCCAUGGUGUUGUUCCCUUUAACCUCACUUUCAUAAAGGGGUUAGAAGUUUUCAAACUCGGUGGGAAUAGCAAUUUGUGUUACAAUCAUUCAGUUUUGUCUUCGAAGUUGAAACUUGGUGUUUCUCCUUGUGAUAAAUACGGGAAGCCGGUGUCGCCGCCGCCUUCGAAGGAUUCUUCUGCAGAUGAUAGCAGUGAUGAUGAUUAUGAUGAUAGUGAUGAUGAUGGUGGUAGCAAGCAUAAGAAGGAUAGUCAUCAUGGGCCUAACAAGUUUGUUCUUGGUGUGGCUAUUGCACUUUCUUCCAUUGUUUUUCUUAUUGUUUUUUUGAUUGUUUGCUCUAAAUGUUGUCGUUGAAGAAAGUUUUGAUUUUGGGUUUUUAGAUUAGGAAAAUUGAUUAUUUGUGUUAAGUUCAGAGGGCUUGUUUCUUAUAUUUAAUAUUUAUUUAUUAUUAUACAAUUAUUACUUAGAACAAAAAUGGAAAUCACCCAAAAAAAAUGCCAUUGUUACAUUUUGAUAGGAAGUUAUGUAAAAUGUGUCCACUAAAUGAACAACCAAGUCAUUGAUGCAUUUGUUUGUUCAUUACAUUGAGUUUAGUUUUUUACAUUACUCUCAACUUUGUUUGUGUUUAGUUUGUUUGACAUAAAAUUUGGAUUCAUUUUGGGAAGAAAAAUGGCUGGAAAAGAUAUGAUGACACUCAUGUCAUGUUGGGCUAGAAAUGGCUUAAAAUGCGAAUACAUUAUUUGUGGGUACAACUUUUGGAGAACAGAUUUGUUUAGCAUGAGUUGGAGAUAUAGCAGUUCAGGUGGAUGAUGAUGGUUUGUUGAGUGGAGUAUAUAAUGAUGUUGUAUGUAUGAUUGUAAAUAUUUGGUCCAAUUUUAUGGCAUGUGCUGCUUUAGGUGAUUGGAUUGGAUAUGUGCUGUGACCUACCUUCAUCAUAUGCCAGCUUUGUGUUUGCUUCUUCUUCUUCUUCACCAUGUGCUUGAUUGAUCCUCUCAUAAUACAUUUGUGUGUUUUAUAAGCAUCAAUUUAUUAAUGUUUUGUGCUAGUUUAAUUCACAUGUUUUGUCCCAUGUAGCACUAUACCUCUUAAUAAAAGCGUGUUUGGUGUAUGACACAUGUCUUUAAAUACAAAACUGUCCAUGUAAAGAGAGAUUUGUAAUUUAUGUUAUUAUCAUUGAGAUAGAGUUAUUUCAUUGAGAUUAAAUUGUGUUCCCUUUUAUUAGAUUGUCAAUUUGUCAUUGUCGCCUUCACUAUUUCAACUAGUUUAUUAUGGCGUAAUCGUUUGUUGGCCAGCAAGAAAUUUAGAACUAAAUAUUGAUGUCAACAGAGCUUUUUAUAUGAUGUUAAAUAUAAAUGCAUUUCAUAGUCAAAGGCUGGCAAAAGAUGAGAGCGUUUAAACAUAUAGAGAAUUUGUCUUGCUGCCCUUUGAAUUUGACAUGCCACCCUCCUAUUAUUUAUAUUGACCAAAAUGUACUUUUCAUAAUUUUCACUAAAAAAUUGUUGACAAAUUCAGUAGGUCAAUUAAAAAAUCCAAUAUGUAAUUU